UAACGGGAGGUAUCGAUCCGGGCUGGAACAGAGCUGCCGUUAUCAGCGCUGCACGUACCAGCACCUGCUGAAUGCGCCUUAAGCCAGACUUAGCCUCUAAUCUACGACUAACAGCGUGAACUCUGCUUCAUCGACGCCGUGCCCUAUAGGGCACAACCCACCUUUCCCCCCAAGCUAUGGGGCUGGGGUUGUGCCAUGACCCCCCAUUGAGCCGCUUUAUGGCUCCGAUAAGGGUGGAGGAGAUGGGUUGUGUUAAGGAGACUUUGAGUCGGGCUUUAGGGUGGGGACACCCCGUAUUUAAGGGCUAGGACACCCCGAAACCGGCCCGACCGCAGCACCAUGCCCAAGAAGUACAGCCUGGAGCUGGCCAACGUGGCCGAUCUAAAGCAGCUUCCAGGCCAUUGGAAGGGCUCAAGUAUGGGGAACACGGACAUGGACCAGAAGGAUUCCUAUGAAGAUACCACUGGGGAGCCCGGGGGGGUCAUCAGCACCGUAUCCAGCAGCAUGAACCCCCUACAACCACCGGAUCCAUCCUCGGAUGAGCCUUUCACCACCUACUUCGACAGCAAGAUCCCAAUCCCUGAGGAUGAGAAGCAAUCCUGCUUCAGCUUCCGUAAGCUCUGGGCUUUCACGGGACCGGGAUUCCUGAUGAGCAUCGCUUACCUGGAUCCCGGGAAUAUCGAGUCGGAUCUGCAGUCUGGGGCUGUCGCAGGGUUUAAGCUCCUAUGGGUCCUGAUGCUGGCGACCCUAAUAGGGCUGCUCCUACAGCGCCUGGCUGCUCGGCUCGGGGUGGUAACAGGACUGCACCUGGCUGAGGUCUGCAACCGGCAGUACCACAAGGUCCCUCGGAUCAUCCUCUGGCUCAUGGUUGAACUGGCCAUCAUCGGCUCCGACAUGCAGGAGGUCAUCGGCUCGGCCAUUGCCAUCAACCUGCUGUCUAUGGGCAAGAUCCCGCUAUGGGGUGGAGUGCUCAUCACCAUUGCUGACACCUUCGUCUUCCUCUUCCUGGACAAAUACGGGCUGCGGAAGCUGGAAGCCUUCUUUGGGUUCCUCAUCACCAUCAUGGCCCUCACCUUUGGAUAUGAGUACAUCACAGUCAGACCCAACCAGCAGAAGCUGCUCCAGGGGCUGUUUGUGCCCUAUUGCCAGGACUGUGGAACACCCCAACUGGAACAGGCUGUGGGGAUUGUAGGGGCUGUCAUCAUGCCCCAUAACAUGUACCUGCAUUCGGCACUGGUCAAGUCACGUCAAGUGAACCGUGCGAACAAGAGGGAGGUGCAGGAAGCCAACAAGUAUUUCUUCCUGGAGUCCUGCAUUGCUUUAUUUGUGUCCUUCAUCAUCAACAUCUUCGUCGUCACUGUCUUUGCUGAGGCUUUUUACCAGAAGAACAACACGGAUGUGAGUGCAGUGUGUGCCAACGCCAGCAGUCCCCAUUCCUCCCUCUUCCCUAAUGACAGUCGGCCCUUGGAGGUGGACAUCUACAAAGGGGGCGCAGUCCUGGGCUGUUAUUUCGGCCCCGCUGCCCUAUACAUAUGGGCCAUUGGGAUCCUGGCUGCAGGGCAGAGCUCCACCAUGACCGGGACCUACUCAGGGCAGUUCGUGAUGGAGGGUUUCCUGAACCUGCGCUGGUCCCGCUUCGCUCGGGUGCUGCUCACUCGCUCCAUUGCCAUCACCCCCACCCUACUCGUGGCCAUAUUCCAGGAUGUGGAGCAUCUAACGGGAAUGAACGACUUCCUUAAUGUCCUAAUGAGCCUCCAGCUUCCCUUUGCCCUGAUCCCAGUACUGACCUUCACCAGUCUGCCCAGUGUCAUGCACGACUUUGCCAAUGGCCUGUUCUGGAAGGUCGGGGGGGGGAUCCUGAUCCUGCUCAUCUGCAGCAUCAACAUGUACUUCGUGGUGGCCUAUGUCAUGUCCCUGCACCAUAUGGCUCUAUACAUUGGGGCUGCCGUGCUCAGCAUCAUCUACUUGUCCUUUGUGGCCUAUCUGAGCUGGCUGUGCCUCAUUGCAUUGGGAGCCUCCUUCCUUGCCUGUGGGUCCAGGCAUCACUUGAGCCCUGAGCUCUCCCUGCUCCACACUGUGGAUAUGGACACACUCGUCGCCAGAUGAUUCCCGAUCCAUGAGGAUUGAACUGGUGUCUAUGGAAAACUGGGCUCAGCACCAAACUGGGACCCCCAGUACAACCGGAGCUCAGGCAAUGGGACCCUAUGGUCCUGGGAGCACUGGGAUGACCCAUUCCUAUGGGUUAUUCCCAUCCGGAUCCGCCUGGAUCCGCAGGCUCCAUCCAGCUGCUGGUUGGAGGAUCCCAUUGAGCCCCAUUAUCCCAUCAGGCUCCAGCAUUCCGGAAUCCUGGAGCAUUGGGAACAUCCGGAGCCAAUUCCUGACCCCUUUGAUUCCAGUUUGAUGGGACUUGAUCCUGCUUCUCCUUAAUGGAAUCCGGUUUAAUUCAGCCCAUUCCCAAUGGGAACUCCCUGCAUUGAUCCCAUGCUCCGGCCGCAGCAUUCCCAGGAUAAGCUCCAUUUUAACCUCAUUCCUUCAGCUUUUGGUGUAUGUAGAAAUAAACCUGACAUGGACAGUG